UUGCAAAACUCAUUCAUUUAAAAAUUGUCAAUUCGUUCGAACGGCGAUAUACGAGCAGGAAAACCAAGAAAAUAACAAGUGCUUAAAGUGGCAAAAAAUACACGAAGGAUACGUUUAAACAAAAAGGACAACUCAAAGGAUUAUAAUUUAUAGUGAUAUAAACAAAAAUAAAAACACGUUAAUGAAAUACAAAAAUAAUCGUGGCUUAAUAUUGCAAAUUCAGUUCAGAACAUUUCUAAGAUACGGAUUUCCAUGUUUAAUUCCAUUUGAGAGAUAA